CACCUGGGCCUGGCGGGCCGUGAGGGUGGGCAGGGGCAAAUCCUCGAAUCCUGUAGGGAAUGUGGGGUGUCAGCGUGGGGUGUGUAACCCCCCGAAUUCCCUGUAGGGAGUGUGGGGUGUGUAACCCCUCAAACACCCCCAGUUCCAUAGGAGUUUGUUUGUGUCUGCAGGAUUUUCCCCAGGACCCUCGAGCAGAGCCAGGACCUGGAGCAGCCAUGACACCCCCCAGGAUUCAGACGUGGACCAGCCCCUCGGACCCGAAGCUGGAUGUGUGCAUCCCCUUCCUGGGCAAGUACCGCCGGCCAGUGUCGGGGCGCUGCUGCCAGACCUGCACCCCCAGGAGCUGGGAUGGGUUCUACCCCGAGGACCUGGAGGCUCUGGGGUUCCGCGACGCCAGCCGCCUGACGGAGGCGGACACGCGGUUCCGGGGCUGGCUGGUCAGGAGGGUCUGUGGGUUCCUCGCAGCCUGGGAGUGGAACAUUCCAGCAGAGAGCCCCGGGGAGCUCCUGGAGCGGGUCUGCAGCAGCAGGAGGGUGCAGGAUGCUGCCUCCAGCCCGGAGCCUGGCUCCAGAGGGGAUGAGGGAUCCCAGCGGCGCUGGAAGGAGCAGAUCUGCCAGAUCCUGGGGGAAAUCCAGGCCCCGCUCUCCCCUCUGCUGCUGAGGCUGUGCCACUGGCUGCUCCCCAAGCUCCUGACCCGAGUGUUCCUGGGCGUGCGGCUGCACCUGGGGCAGCUGGAGAUGGUGCUGCGAGCUGCCAGGACGCCCGAGGUGCCGCUGGUGUUCCUGUGCAGCCACCAGUCCCCGGUGGACGGGCCUCUGCUGUCCUUCCUGCUGCUGUCCCAGGGCAUCGGGCUGCCCAGGGUGGCUGUGAGCGCUGGCACCAGCCCUCGCCUGCGGUCCCUGCUCCAGCGCCUGGGAGGGAUUUUCCUGCCUUCAGGAGUGGUGCCGACAUGGAGUGAGCGGGGUGAGGGGCUGCCGGGAGCUGUGCUGGACGCGUACGUCCAGGAGGUGCUGCGGAGCCGCCAGCCCCUCGUGCUGUUCCUGGAGGAGCCCUCGGCUUUCGUGCGGCUGGCAGACCCCGCCCGGCGCUGGCUGCUCCGCCUGCUCCGGGCGCUGCGGGACGGGGCCGUGCCCGACGUCCUGCUGGUCCCGGUGGGAAUCGCCUAUGACGUGGCUCCUGGCAGGGUGGAGCAGGAUGGAGCGCCCCCUGGGCCCCUCGGGCUGGGCUCGUGUCUCCGGGCAGCGUUCCAGGCCCUGUGCUGCUGGCACCGUGGCUGUGCCCAGGUGGAUUUCUCUCAGCCCUUCUCCUUACGGGAAUUUGUGGACAGCAACCUGGUGGGGCCAAUCCUCACCGGGAAUCGCCCGGAGCAGCUGCUGCUUCCCACCAUCCUGGGCAGGCGCCCGCUGGAUGUGGGGAACGUGGGGACUCCGGGUCCCACUUUGGGGACUGAAGAGGAGAUUUUGGUGAUGGCGCUGGGGCUGCAUGCACUGAGCGAUUCCAGAGCCUGCUCUGCUGUCACAGCUGUGGGAAUCACCGCGGCGCUGCUGCUCCACAGGCACCAGGAGGUGGUGCUGCUGCCCCGGCUGAUGUGGGAUUUCUCGAAGCUGCUGGAGCAGCUCCUGCUGCGGGGCCGGGCCGUGUGCUUCCUGGGGCAGCUGCGGGCACUGCUGGGGCACAGCCUGUGCCUGCUGCAGCCCCCCCUGCGCCCCCCCAGGGCUGCCCUGGGGCCCCCCCCGGCCUCGGCCCGGGCACGGCUGGGCCGGCUGGCAGGGGGGGUCCGGCACCACCUGGCUGGGGAGGCCGUGGGCGCCUGUGCCAUCCGUGCCCUGCUGCUGGAGAUGCUGCCAGUGCUGGCGCCGCCCUCCAGCCUCCCCAGGAUCGUGCUGAGCCGGGACGAGCUGCUCCACAAGAUCCUGGAGCUGCUGCAGCUGCUGCCCCCCACCCUGCUGGGGCUCCAGCCCUGCCGGCCUCCUGACUGCCACAGCCUGGACAUCCUGGACAAGCUCAUCCUUGGGGGCCUGCUGGAGGAGGAGGAGGCCGAGGGUGAGUGCCUGGGCUGUGACGUGGCCCCGCGGCGCUUCGGGCGGGGACAGUCCUUGGGGUUCUUCACCGAUGACAGCGACAGUGACAGCGAGCACGGCGUCCCCAAGCAGUGCUACAAGCUCCGCGAGCCCCAGGGCUUCCCCGGCUUCCUGCUGUUCCUGUGCCGCCUGCUGAGCCCCGUGCUGCAGAGCUACGGCCGCGCCGUGCAGUUCCUGGAGAGACCCCUCUGGCCCCAGCCCGAGGCAGCCUACGUGGAGGCACUGCUGGAAUUCCUGGCCGAGGAUGAGGAUGGCUAUCCUGACAGAAGCCUGGCCCUGAGCUCCCUGCAGAGUUUCAAGGACAUGGGGGUGCUGGAGGAGCUGCAGACCCCCACAGGACCCGCCCUGCAGCUCUCCCAGCCUUUCCAGUCUGCUUCCAACCGGGAGAAGCUGGCAGCCUUCAUCCAGCAGUUCACCCAGCUGUAGCCCCCAGACCCAUAAACGGUGCACAGAGA